GCCCGGCCUCCGGUUGCCGCGGCACUCGGCCCUGGGCUCCCUGCGAGCUGCCGGCCGAGCCAUGGGCUGCGACGGCCGGGUGUCUGAGCUGCUCCGCCGCAACCUACAGCCCACACUCACCUACUGGAGCGUCUUCUUCAGCUUCGGCCUGUGCAUCGCCUUCCUGGGGCCCACGCUGCUGGACCUGCGCUGCCAGACGCACAGCUCGUUGCCCCAGAUCUCCUGGGUCUUCUUCUCGCAGCAGCUCUGCCUCCUGCUGGGCAGCGCCCUCGGGGGUGUCUUCAAGAGGACCCUGGCCCAGUCGUUAUGGGCCCUCUUCACCUCUACCCUGGUCAUCUCCCUGGUAUUUGCUGUCAUCCCCUUCUGCCAUGACGUGAAGGUACUGGCCUCGGUCAUAGCGCUGGCGGGCCUAGCCAUGGGCUGCAUCGACACCGUGGCCAACAUGCAGUUGGUGAGGAUAUACGAGAAGGACUCAGCUUUCUUCCUUCAGGUCCUCCAUUUCUUCGUGGGCCUUGGUGCUCUGCUGAGCCCCUUGAUCGCUGAUCCCUUCCUGUCAGAGGCCAACUGCUUUCCUGCUAAUAACACAGCCAAUGCCACCUCCAGAAGCCAUGUAUCCCGGGUCCUGAGCCAACAGCAUGCAGCCGCCCAGCCUUGGAUAAACCAGACGAUCCCCAGGCUGCCCCCAAAGGAUGGGACCGAGAACCACGUAUCCUAUGCCUUCUGGAUCAUGGCUCUUAUCAAUCUCCCAGUGCCCCUGGCUGUUCUGUUCCUGCUGUCCAAGGAGCGGCUGCUGACCUGCGCCCAGAGGAAGCCACUGCUCCUGUCUGCAGAUGAGCUUGCCCUGGAGACCCGGCCUGCUGAAAAGGAAGACACCUCCUCACUGGCGCCCAAGUUCCAGCCACACUCAGGGCAGGAGGACCUGUUCAGCUGCUGCCAGAGGAAGAACUUCCGGGGAGCCCCAUGCUCUUUCUUCGCCAUCCACAUCACGGCCGCUCUGGUCCUGUUCAUGACAGAUGGGAUGAUGGGGGCUUAUUCGGCCUUUGUGUACAGCUAUGCUGUGGAGAAGCCGCUCUCUAUUGGACACAAGUCAGCUGGUUACCUCCCUAGCCUCUUCUGGGGCUUCAUCACUCUGGGCCGGUUCAUCUCCAUCCCGGUUUCCUCAAGGAUGAGGCCAGCCACCAUGGUGUUCAUCAAUGUGGUGGGAGUGGUGGUGACAUUCCUGAUGCUGCUUAUCUUCUCCUACAAUGUCAUCUUCCUGUUUGUGGGGACCGCAAGCCUGGGGCUGUUUCUGAGCAGCACCUUCCCCAGUAUGCUGGCCUACACCGAGGACAUCCUCCAGUAUAAAGGUUGUGCGACCACAGUGCUGGUGACCGGGGCAGGAAUUGGCGAGAUGGUCCUGCAGAUGCUGGUUGGCUUGAUCUUUCAGGCCCAGGGCAGUUACAGUUUCCUGGUCUGUGGUGUGAUCUUUGGCUGCCUGGCUUUUAUCUUCUACAUCUUGCUCCUGUUUUUCCACAGGAUACACCCUGAACUCUCAUCAGUUCUUACCCAAGACAAAGCCCUUGGUGUGGAGAACUCUGAGUGCUACCAAAGGUGAAGAGCUCAGCUCCUGAGCGACAGGGUGACCAGACUGACGCAGAAAGCCAGGGCCGCACAGGAGGCUUCUCUUGCCGCCUUGUUUGUGUCUUCCUUCCCUGAGUCUUCCCUGGACAAAUCCAGCACCUGCCUGACACUUUAGUUAUCUUCCUCUCUGGUCCGGACUUGUCCUGACAACCAGACAGGAGGAUGAAAGACAGCCCGCACACCUCUCCACGCAACACCCCACGCAUGGGCUAAACUCUGGGUUUGAGAUCACGUUUAGUCGAGGUUUGAAAAACAUGCUAAAAUCAUAACUCAUUAAUCACUGCUAGGUGUAGAUAUAUUUUUAAAUUAAUCAAAAACCCUCUGGCAUGUUAAAAAAGAUUUAUGUGUUCUUCACUUACCCAUAGUCCCAAGUCUCUCACCUCCGUCCUGCAGAAAUCAGUUUAUUUGUGUCCUAAGACAACAAAGGACAUGUUGAAUCUUGCUUUGAGACCUUAAUUCAGGGUUGCACUGGGCUAACUCAGACAAGCUUUAGAAAGCCGACUGUUAAAUUUUCAUUUUGAGAGAUGGUAGCCAUGACUAAGACUUAAAUUAU